AUGGUAAGCCAAGAAUGCAGACGAUUUAGUCUUCUGAAGGACAUAAAUUUCUCGCAAACAACACCGUAUUUUCUCUACCAAGAUAAGAUACUUCUUGAACUGCGUGGGUUAGAUCCUUUCUAUUUGUAUGAUGUUCUUUAUAAAAGAACGACAGAAGAGAGUGAGAUGCAAAACAAAACUGGUUCUGUUGUAGUUGAUAAUUCAGAAGGUGAGGAUGAGAGCAGAAGAGAUGAAAUGCUACAAACUGAUGAGGUAGUUCAAGAACCACAGGCUGGCAUGGUUUUUAGCACUAUAGAUGAGAUGCUGGAUUUUUAUAGAAAAUAUGGAAAGCAAAAGGGUUUUUCAGUUAAGCGGAGAUCAUUGAAUAAAGAUAAAGAUGGGACAGUGAAAUAUGUCACAUUUACAUGUGGACGAUCAGACAAGUUGAAGAGUCGUUCAAACAAUGUGUUGAAGCCUCGUCCUCACAUGAAGAUUGGUUGCAAUGCAAGGAUGUGUGGUCGGUUAUUUAUUGAUGGAAAAUACAUAGUGAGCCAUUUUGAUGAUGAGCACAAUCAUGGUUUGAGUCCAAGUAAAGCUAGGUUUUUUCGGUGCAAUCGUCAAAUAAGUUUACAUUUUAAGAGGCAACUUGAAAUAAAUGAUAUUGCUGGCAUUAGACCAAACAAAAGCCAUAAUGCACAAGUUAUUGGAGCUGGUGGCCAUGAGAAUCUUCCAUUUCUUGAAAAGGAUACAAGAAACUUAAUCGCCAAAGUGAGACGAUUAAGGCUUGGUGACGGAGAUGCGAAUGCGGUGCAAAGCUAUUUUUUGAGGAUGCAAACACAAAAUGAAGGCUUCUUUUCCAUGAUUGAUUGGGAUGAGCAUGGUCGACUGAAAAAUGUUUUUUGGGCGGAUCCUAGGAGCAGGGCAGCAUGUAGAGAGUUCGGUGAUGUCAUUACGUUUGAUACUACGUACCUUACUAAUAAAUAUGAUAUGCCUUUCGCUCCUUUUAUUGGUGUUAAUCACCAUGGCCAAUCGAUAUUGUUAGGAUGUGGAUUAAUUUCUAGUGAAGACACAGAGACCUUUACAUGGUUGUUUCAGACAUGGCUUGCUUGUAUGUAUGGAUCUGCACCUAUUGGAAUCAUCACUGACCAAGACAGAGCAAUGAAGAACGCAAUUGAAAUUGUUUUUCCAACUUCAAGGCACCGUUUGUGCUUAUGGCAUAUAAUGAAGAAAUUUCCAGAAAAGCUGGGUGCAUACAAUGAAUAUGAUUCAAUUUCUUUACACCUUGUAGCGGCUGUUUAUGACUCAUAA